GGCGCCCGGGCCAGAGCGGCCGCGCAGCGCGCCAUGGGGGACACCUUCAUCCGCCACAUCGCCCUCCUGGGCUUCGAGAAGCGCUACGUCCCCAGCCAGCACUACGUGUACAUGUUCCUGGUGAAGUGGCAGGACCUGUCCGAGAAGCUGGUCUACCGGCGGUUCACCGAGAUCUAUGAGUUCCAUGUGAGUACUCUCCUGGGGUCAGGGGGUCAGGGAGGGACAGCACACCCAGUCCCAGCUCUGCCUCUUGGGGAGGAGAGAGACCCAGGUGCUGCCUGGGAAUCCGCCAGGGCCACGCUCACCGAAGUACUGCAAUGCACUCAUGGGCCUGCGGUCAAGAUCUCCCGCUGCCCACUACUCCUCGACUUCUUCAAGGUGCGCCCCGACGACCUCAAGCUCCCCACCGACAGCCAGGUGAAAAAGCCGGAGACCUACCUGGUGCCUAAAGAUGGCAAGACCAACGCUGCCGCUGCCGACAUCACCGGCCCCAUCAUCCUGCAGACGUACCGGGCCAUUGCUGACUACGAGAAGAGCUCGGGCACCGAGAUGGCUCUGGCCAUGGGCGACGUGGUGGACGUCGUGGAGAAGGGCGAGAGCGCCGAGGAGACCGACCGCCCGAAGCCGCAGCCGGCGGUGCCCCCGCGGCCCAGCGCAGACCUCAUCCUGCACCGCUGCAGCGACAGCACGAAGCGGAAGCUGGCGUCCCGCGUCUGA